UCCGCCUUCUCCCCGAAAGGGCCUCCUGGAGCCCCACCUCCUAUCCCCUGGCCUGGGCGGAGCACUGCAGCCCGUUCCAAACGUCAGCUCCCAGAGGGCUGGUCCCAGAGCUGGAGAACCACCUGUGGAGUUCCCCUCCACAAGCUGCAAGGGCAAGAUGUGCUGGCUGCUGCUCUGGGGACUCCUCCAUCCAUGGCCCACACAGGCCUCUGUGCUCCUGGCUGAGCGGCUACCACAACAACUGACAUCCCCUGGAUACCCGGAGCCGUAUCUCAGAGGCCAGGAGAGCCACACUGACAUCGAGGCUCCGGACGGCUUUGCCGUGAGGCUGGUCUUCCAGGACUUUGAUCUGGAGCCGUCCCCAGGCUGUGAAGGGGACUCUGUCACAAUCUCAACCAGAGGAACAGAUGCGACCCGGCUGUGCGGGCAGCAUGGCUCCUCCCUGGGGAACCCUCCUGGCCACAGGGAGUUUGUGUCCUCGGGGAGGAGUUUGCGGCUGACCUUCCGGGCACACUCUUCCUCCAAGAACGCGAUCACACACCUCCACAAAGGCUUCUUGGCUCUCUACCAAGCCAUAGCUGUGAGCCACCCCAGUAAGGACACUGAGGCUGCCACACCUGCAGCUGACCCUCCCGAGAUCCAGAACUACUGCCAAGAGCCCUACUACCAGGCAGGACAGACAGGGACAUUGAGCUGCCCAUCCUCGGGGGCCUGGAAGGACAGACAGGACGGAGGGGACAUUCCUCAGUGUGUACCAGUCUGUGGAAGGCCUGUCAUAGCCAUUGCCCAGGACCCAAAGACUUUCCGUUCUUCCCGAGCUAAGCUGGGCAACUUCCCCUGGCAAGCCUUUACCAGCAGCUACGGCCGCGGGGGCGGAGCCCUGCUGGGGGACAGAUGGAUCCUGACGGCCGCGCACACCAUCUACCCCAAGGACAGCAUCUAUCUCAGAAAGAACCAGAGUGUGGAAGUGUAUCUGGGUCACACGGACAUAGACGAGCUACUGAAACUGGGGAACCAUCCUGUCCGCCGGGUCGUGGUUCACCCAGACUACCGCCAGCACGACCCCCAUGACUUCAGCGGGGACAUCGCCCUCCUGGAGCUUCAACACAGCGUCCCUCUGGGCCCCAACCUCCUCCCAGUCUGUCUGCCCGACAAUGAGACCCUCUACCGCAGCGGCCUGUGGGGCUACGUCAGUGGGUUUGGGGUGGACAUGGGCUGGCUGACGACAAAGUUGAAAUACUCCAGGCUGCCGGUAGCCCCCCGGGCGGCCUGUGAAGCCUGGCUCCGCCAGAGGCAGCGGGCCGAGGUGUUUUCUGACAGUAUGUUCUGUGUCGGGGACGAGAGGCAGGCAAACAGCGUCUGCCAGGGAGACAGCGGCAGCGUCUAUGUGGUGUGGGACGAUCGAGCUCUGCACUGGGUGGCCGCGGGCGUCGUGUCCUGGGGCAUCGGGUGUGGCAAGGGCUAUGGCUUCUACACCAAAGUCCUCAGCUACGUGGACUGGAUCAAGAGGGUGAUGGAAGGUAAAGACUGACACACACCCCCUCCCGACCCCCGGGGGCCUGAGGAGCGGCCAACCAGCACUGUGGGGGUCCCAGGCAAGAAUGAGCAGGAAGAAGUCGGGGACCCUAUUUAAGUCACUGAGUCAGCAACCCACAGCCAAAAGAAAGCCCCUCUCCGGAUCAAGAGCAGUACCCACUGCCCGCUUCUCCCCUGCUGCCCUCCUGGGUUCUGUACCAGGGGAACCCUGUACACCGUAGCAACUUUUGCUUAGAACAUCUCUUUUGUUUGCUCAAGGCAGGCUUUCCCACUGUAUCCCAGGCUGGCCUCAGACUCAUGGCAGUGCUCCCGCUUUUAAUCCCCUACCUCACCUAUUAACGGUUUCUUCUGUAUUUACUCGUGGACUCGUGUUUCUGGAAUAGUCCAGAGGCCCUUACGAUGAGCGGCCUCCAGAUAUGCAAAGCCAUUGGCUCCAGCACCUGUCCCAGCUCCCGCGGUUCUAGGAAUCUGUCCUUUCUCAUUUCACAUCUACCGUAAGCCCGGGAGCAUCGCCUGCUAGCUCACCUAAUCCUCGCCCUGUGCUGUCAGAGUGUGUCACCCAUCAUCCAUGUCUCUCACAUCGAGGAGACUGAAGCUCAGAAAGCUAUGGUUCUUCCCUGAGGUUUCCUUUCUCCCAGGAAGCUCUCAGCACCACCUCUCGGUCACCUCAGGACCUACCUUACUUUACCAUCCACAUCCCCUUCUGAGCCCCACAGCUCUACAGGGGCUCCAUCCCCGGGAAGGCCUGCUGCCGUGAAGGUCACACCAUCGGUACACACUUUCCUGCCGGCCCUCGUCACCAAGGACACUGCUGGCCUGAGGAGAUGAAGUCUUUAAUUUGUAGGAUGAAUUUGGGGCUAUUUACUGUGAAAGACAAAAAUGAAAUACAACAGUUCAGUGGGACUAGAGAAUAAAUACCAUAAAGGGAAGGGGGGGAGAGAAAGCACAUUAGUGUUGAGAAUAAAGGCGCACUAUUUAUUGUCAA